AUGGCUCCUCUAAAUCAUUUAUGUUUGGUCAUUACAAUUUUCUUGUCUGUCUCUGCCCUUUCUCCUUCGCCAACAGUGGCUGUAAUUCCAAGAGUUCCAAGUCCAAAGGUUAAGAUUCCAUCUCCAGCGGCUUCAUCAAAACUAGUGGUACAAUUGUGCAGUGGCAAGUCAAUCAUGAACCGCAGGUUCUGCCUGAAAGCUCUUUCUAAUCCUCAAGCUGCAGCUGCUAGAGAUUGGAACCAGCUUACAAACGUUGUCAUGAAAUUAGCAGUGUCGAAUGCCGAAGCCACGCUGAAUGUAAUCAAAGAAACGGUGAAGAAGCCAGGAGGUUCAUCCCAGUCUUUGAAAGCUCUUCAAACUUGCUUGGAUGUCUACAAAUAUGCAAUCCAAUCAUUUGGAAUGAUUUUUACUGAACUGAGUGAAGAUCCCAUGACAGCAAACUAUGAUGCAACAGUUAUUGGUCCUGAAGCUGAUAAUUGUGAAAGAGCUCUGGCAACUGCAAACAUCCAAGCACCUCGAAUCUCUUCUGGAAAUCGCUGUUUGCAUUAUUAUUCUUCAAUGGGAGGUGAAAUAACAGCAAUUGUUGAAAUAACAGCAUUCCGCUGA